UAGUGUUUAGUUUGCGAUAACAUGUUAAUGCAUUGAGGGCUUCUGACCGCACAUAUUCCUUUUUCUCUUUAAAUUUUGUAUUCGUAGUAGUAGAACUUCAUGGCGUGUGACGUUUGGCUUUACUAGAGAGAGUUCUUGUAACUUUGGUACCACCUGAAGAACAAUGGCAACAGGCGGCGGAUAUACCGUGGACAAUGAAUCAUUUUGUAGGCUGUACAGAUUCGUUUGUGAGAUAGUCCCAAAACCCAUUCGUAGAUUACUCGAGAACAAUUCACCAAAGGGAAACGUCCAGAAUUUACUAAGGAACAGUAAUACCCAAAUACAGAUUAUGCGAACAAAAGGAAUACUUCAAAAUCAACAAUACAUGUUACUUCAUCCACCGCCAGGAAAAGUAUUUGACAUAAAAGAUUGGGACGUUACUCUUCUCUGUAACAUUGUCAAAAAUGUGUGUAACAUAAAGAAUCGGAGUAUAAAAGUAGCACUCGAGGACUUGCGAAAUGAAAGGAAUAAACUGAGCCACUGUUCAGCUCCUGAGCUGACCCUAGCAGAUUUCAACGUCAGAUGGACAGCUGUUGAAACCAGUCUGAAAGUGAUCACUAAAAGUUUAAAUGAUCAAGCAUUUGAAACUGCCAUCAAUGACGAAUACAAUAAUGUCAAAACUGGUCCUGUUAGUGUCCAGCCGAUAUUUGACAUUUUAAAGACACAUAUUCAUGUUUACCAGAAUGUUAAGACAAGUUAAUUUAGAUAAGGACGUAAAGGAGAUGAAUAAAGAUGUCCAAGAAUUUAAGCAUAUUCACCUAAAUAAAAGCCAAGAAUCGUUACGAGCAUUUGAAGACCACGAGAAGAAAAUGAAGAAAGAAUUAGAAACGGUUAAAUAUGCGACGAUAGAAACGAGAAAUGCUGUAAAGGAUAUUCAGUCUGAUAUAUAUUCUCAAAUUCGCAAGGAACCUAGUCCUGA